AUGACGCUACGUCCGCUUUCAACUGCUUUUGUUGGAGCCUCGAGACCGUUUUCUUCGACUGUGGGUGUCAACAUGCCGUCUAAGAUGCCUAGUUCGGGUGCGUUGGUUGAUUUGGCCAAGGGUCGGCAUUCGAUUUAUAAGUUGGGCAAGGAGAGUCCCGUGUCGGAUGAGAAGAUCGAGGAGCUGGUUAAUCAGGCGAUUCUGAAUGUUCCGAGCGCGUUCAACACUCAGUCGACGAGGUUGGUUGUGCUUUUGCACAAGGAGCAUGAGCGCCUUUGGGAUAUUGUGAUGGAGUGUUUUCAGGGGUUGGUUAAGAACGGCACGCUGUCGGAGGAGAUGUGGAAGGGACAGACGCAGCCUAAGCUGAUGGGGAUGAAGAAUGGGCUUGGAACGAUCCUCUUCUACGAAGAUCCGGCGCAUAUCAAGCCUUACUCGGAGAAAUUCCCGACUUACAAGGAUCAGUUUGGGCCUUGGUCUGAGCAUACCAAUGCCAUGCAUCAGUAUUUCCUCUGGAUCGGUCUCGAGUCCCUUGGCUUCGGUGCCAACCUGCAGCAUUAUAAUCCGCUUAUUGAUUCCGCUGUGGCCAAGCAGUGGGACGUUCCGACUGAGUGGAGACUCAUCUCUCAGCUGGUGUUUGGUAGCCCCGAGGCAGAGGGGCAGGAGAAGCCGAAGAAGCCGGUGGAGGAGCGUGUGAAGAUCUAUGGAAAGUUGUGA